AUGAAUGCAAAGAGAAGAGAAUAUAUGAUUGAUAUGCUUCCAAAGAGAAUAACAUUGAUGCGGCAUGGGGAGUCGCAGGGGAACCGUGACAUGGCGAUGUACACCAUCAUACCCGACCACAACAUUCAAUCAAUGGCGCAAGGCAUAGCCCAGGUCUUUCGUGUCGGCGAGCACCUCCACCGCGUGAUAGGCAGCGACACCUACUCCCCUGACUGGCGGGUGCAGUUCUACGUGUCCCCCUACACCCGCACCCGAUCGACGUUCUACGAGCUCAGACGAUAUUUCUUAAAGAAGAUGAUCAUCGACGUGACGGAAAAGUCGCAAGUUCGAGAAUGA